GCCAUCAAUUUCCCCAUCGACCUUGCAACCACCUCCACUACCACCACUUAUAUAAAUCACAUUCACACAACCCCACCUCCCCCAAAAGGGUGUGUUAAUAAUGUUUGGGAGGUGACUGGUGAGGCUUUGGUUUUUGGGUGUUUCUAUCCAAUUUUUCCUUUUCCCAUUUAAUGCCCAUUUUAAUUUUUACUCUGAAAAAAAGGUGGGCAAUAUACAUAUAUAAAUUCCCAUUUGGUUUGGCUCUCACAAUUUUCAUGUUUCAUCUUCAUGGCCAAGUUUGGGGUCUUGGAAACUGAUCCAUCCAUGGCAGCCAAGGCCACAGAGGAGCUGAAGAAGGAGUUGCAGAGGCUGGUGAGCAGAAUUGUUGAUGAAGAUGAGAGCUGUGCUGACACCACUGAUAAGGCUCUCAAAAUUUUGUUUGCUUUGAGAGAUUUCAAGUUCAAGGGGUCCCUUGAUUUUGGGGUUGAAAUGGAGAAUCCGGCUCUGCCUCAGGAGUUCAGGUGCCCUAUUUCCAAACAGCUCAUGAGAGACCCUGUUGUGGUGGCCACUGGCCAGACAUAUGACAGGCCCUUCAUUCAAAAAUGGCUGAAAGACGGGCAUAGGACUUGCCCCCGGACCCAACAAGUCCUCUCCCAUACCAUCCUCACCCCGAAUAAUUUGGUUCGAGAAAUGAUUUCAGAAUGGUGCAAAGAACAUGGGAUUGAGCUUCCGAAGCCAGUUGAGGAUGUCGAUGAGGAAGUGAUCACAGAUGCAGACAGGGGACACUUGAAUUCGUUGCUUGAGAGGAUGUCCUCUUCUGCUUCUGAUCAGAAAGAGGCUGCAAGAGAGCUUAGGCUGCUCACAAAGAGGAUGCCGUCGUUCAGGGCCCUUUUCGGUGAAUGCACUGAUGCAGUUCCUCAGCUGCUCAGCCCGCUCUCACCAGAUGCAGUGGAUGUUGAUCCUGAACUCCAAGAGGAUUUGAUCACCACAGUUUUAAAUCUCUCGAUACAUGACAACAACAAGAAGCUAGUUGCAGAGGAUCCAAUGGCAAUCCCCGUGCUCAUUGAGUCCUUGAAGAGUGGAACCAUUGAGACUAGGACCAACGCUGCUGCAGCCCUUUUCACAUUAUCAGCCCUUGAUUCGAACAAGCUCAUUAUUGGGAAGUCAGGUGCUCUGAAACCUCUAUUAGACUUAUUGGAAGAAGGGCAUCCAUUAGCCAUGAAAGAUGUUGCCUCGGCCAUAUUUAACCUAUGCAUUGUCCUUGAGAACAAAGGGAGGGCUGUCCAUGAUGGGGCAGUCACAGUGAUUCUGAAGAAGAUCAUGGACGGUAUACUUGUUGAUGAGCUAUUGGCUAUUCUCGCAAUGUUGUCCAGUCAUCAAAGGGCUGUUGAGGAGAUGGGGGAGCUCGGAGCAGUUCCUUGCUUGCUUAGAAUCAUUAGGGAGAGCAAAUGUGAGCGCAACAAGGAGAAUUGUAUUGCCAUCCUGCACACGGUUUGUUUCAAUGAUCGAGCUAAAUUGAGGGCAAUCAGAGAAGAGGAAAAUGACUAUGGUACAAUCUCGAGGCUAGCGCAGACUGGCACUUCAAGGGCUAAGAGGAAGGCCAACAGCAUCCUUGAGAGGCUGAAUAGAGUUGCUUUAAUCACACACACUGCAUGAUGAAAUGAACGAACACCCCAAUCCCUAUUGUCAAUACUCUCACUUCAUCCAUCACUUGUACAGACCAAACCCAAACUCUGUCACACCUGUAAAAAGAAAAUGACCACAUAUUCAUACACAUUUUCGCUUAUUCAUCUUGAGCAAGCUCUGGUCCAUCUUGGGCAUAUAGAUUAUCAAAGAAAACAUGGGAUUUUUACUUCUUUUCAUCAUCAAUAAAUACAUUAGCAUUACUGGUGUCCUCUUCAACAGGUAAUAUUGGAAGGCUCAAAUCUGCAUUAUGAUUCCUGGCUUUGUUUUCCCAUCAAAAGGGAGGAGGGGUUGGUCCAACCUGCAAAAGAUGACAGAAUUACAGAUCAAUGAACCAAUGAAUAUGGCGGUAGGGUCUACUACUUUGUUCCUAUCACUAUAUUACUUUUAGAGUGUCGGUACCAUCUUACAUCAUAUUUGUUUUGUUUGUUUAAUACACCGCUUUUGCGUGAACUUAGUGUCAAUCAAACUGGUUUAUGAUAAUAUGAUAAAGUUGGAUUGUACUAUACAACCAUGGAAAUAAAAAGGAAACCAGAAAUAGAAGAAAGCAGACUGAUGUUGAAAUCCAGAAACCGCGUUUUCUA